CUUAAACAAACUUAAGUAUGCAACUUGUAAUACUCGUAAAACUACGACUGUAGCAGAACUUGUGUAUUACUAGUAUAACUCGUAUAUGUAUAACUUAUGUUACUCGUACAACUAGCACUUGUGUAACUAGUGUAACUUGUAUUACCAGUACAACUCUUUAGAUUUCAGUUGUAUUAAUGUUAUAUUUUUGUAGGGUGAGGAGAUGGCUGGAGGAGCAAUCAAACCACACAGGUUUUACUUCCAACCAGCCGAAUAUGGGAAACACUGUAAGCUCUCUUCAAGGUGUCAUCAAACGCAUUUCAUCAAGUUGAUUGACAAUUUUCAUGCAACCGAGAAGAAGUGGUUUUACCAGCACCCACAGUUCAAGCAUAUUUUCCAUAUGGAGUGCUCUUCAAGGAGAAAGGUGAUGGGAUUGUGGAUGUUAUUAAUUCGCACCAUAAAAGUCGACAAGAAGAGACAGGCUUGGUUUGUGGUAAAUGGGGUUCCCAUUCGUUACUCCAUCAGAGAACAUGGCCUUAUAUCAGGACUAUACUGCCACACAUAUCCAGAAAACUAUGAGAGCUUAGGGAGUUUGAUGUUUGCUAAGAAGUACUUUCAAAAACCACCAAAGAAGAAGGGUGACGAUCCUCCUGUACUAAAAGUGACACCGGCUGAUGUCCUAAAGAAGCUAAAGGCGAUGAAAUAUGAUGGUAGUCAUGAACGGUUGAGGAUGGCUGUGCUUUAUUUCUUGGCCACAGUCAUUUUUCAAAGAUCAAGGUAUGAAACCCCUAUAGACCAUUUUCUUCUCCGAAUGGUUAAUGAUCUUCGGGUGUGCCACACGUUUCCAUGGGGGCGUUUCACCUUUGACGACUCCUUGAAUGAGAUAAAGCAUAUGGUGAAGCAUUUUCGAGGAAAGAUUCCAACUGUAAAGCCUACUUGGACAUUUCCUGGGUUUAUCAACCCACUAGAGAUAUUGGCAUUUGAAAGUAUCCAAGUGCUGAAGGAAAAUUUUAGAGAAGAUGUUGAAGAAUUUGAUGAUAGCUGUCCAAGAAUGUGCAAGUCGAGAUUCCUAGGGAAUGGGUCGUCAGGAUAUGCGUUGAGCGAGAUAUAUGAUAAGCUAGGAGAAACAAAGGAAAUUUCUAGUAUUUUGAAACCAAUUGGAAAUGAGUCAGAUCUAUCAGUUGAGAUAUUUGAUGAUGGGUUAUGGGAUGAUGUUGAGCUGGAAGAUGAUGGGGAUAAGGAUGACCUAAUUGUCGAUGGUUGGAACAAGAUUAUUAUUCGUGACCAAGUAAAGAUUCUUUGGGAGGAUCUGUACAAGAUGGAUGUCAAUACUCGAAAGAGAGAACAGGAGCCUGAGAGGAUUUGUGAAGAUCUUGAGGGUCCGAGGGUAUGUGAGGAAACUGAGGCAGGAUGUGAGAGUUUGGAAACAAGAGUUGCUCAGUUGGAAGCAGACAUGAAGGUGAGAGAUGACAUAAUUUUUAAGUUGGAAGCAAGAAUAAAGAGUAUGGAAGAUGACCGCAAUCUGAGGGACGGAUUUGGAAACAUGGAGGACUUGUUUGAUCAUGAUCGUUUUGACACUGGUGGAGGCCAAGAAAAUGAAGAUGAUGCUGAUAAGGAGGCAACAAAGGAUGGAGAGGAUGAGCCUGAGAAAGAAAGCCAGGUUGAUGCUGAUAAGAAUGCCGCAAAGGAAGGUGAGAAUGAACCCGAGCAGAUGGCAGAAGAUGAUGCUGAUAAGGAAGCCACCAAGGAUGUUGGGAAUGAGCCCGAGCACGCACUGCAAGAGGAUCUUGAAGUGAUGGCAGCAGCUGCCGAGAAGUUUGAGAAAGAAAUUUCGGAGAAGGAAGUUGCAGAGAAAGAAGCUGUGGAGAAAGCUUCGGAGAAAGAAUCUACGGAUGAAAUGGGUGGAGAUGCUGAAGAAGAUUCACCGAAGAAGACGAAAAGGGUGCCAAAGCCUUCUCGUAUGAAGCAGUCUCCAUAUGUUGAGAAGUAGUAAUUUAGGUGUUUCUUGUAUUUUGAACUUAAAACUUUAUGUUGCUUUUGGAUGUUGGUGUUGCUUUUGCCAAACAUAAAACUUGUGUUGUUGUAAAACUUAAGAAUUAGUGUUGCUUUUGUGAAACAUAGAGCU